AUGGCUCAAAAGAUAAUCGACUCUGGUCUCACCAUUCUCAAGAGAGUCGGCGGUGGCGUCGAAAGGGCUUUGGGCAGCUACAGGGAACCUUUAUUCUACAACGCCCAAGUUUCCAAGGAACUCCUCAAGCAGGUUUAUCAAGCAGAGAAGCUCUCACCGCCUUCUUCUUUCUCCCAAGUUGCAAGCACCUGGUCUAGCAUUCUCUCUAAGGCCACUCAACGCCAAACCUACGCUCAACUCCUCGAAUCCGGUCAAUGGGCCAAGGUCGGUGUAAUUGGUUUGGAGGCUUAUGGUAUUUUCAAGAUUGGUGAGAUCCUUGGUAAGCGCAGGCUCGUUGGCUACGGUCCAAAAGCCCAAGAACACCACUAA